AUGAUGGAAGACCUUUUCCAGCGGUUAGAAUCAGAACUGAGUGGAUCUUGUAAGAACACCACUCCCAAAAGGAUUAUCUACUUUGCUGAUGGAGACAUCAUGGAAGAAUACAGCCCAGAGGAAGACAAAGACGGGGAGCAGAGCUCAGCACAUGGCCCUUUUUUCAGUCUGAACGUUCAUGGAGUCACACUUCUGGUGUGGGGCAGGAUGAGUUGUACGCAAUUCACUUUUUAUGGAUUCCGUUCUUUUCGAUGCAUAUUCUGCCUUUUGGCUUGUGAGCUCCUCGGUGGAAGAUUUGCUGCUUUCUUUGGUCUGACUGAACCCAAACACCAGUAGGUGCUAAAGGAGUAUCAGAAAAUACAAACUAAGGAUCCCAAUCUCCUUCUGUACUUCCUGUUGGCAAAGUCUGACUGGCAAAGGAGAAAUACCUGUGGGGCUCAGUGUGGAGAUGCGCUGACCCAAGAAGAUGCUCGCUGUCAGCAGGGAACGGACACUAGGUCUAAUGUGGACCGCAAGUGUAAUUAG